GAAAUAAAUAAGAAGGGAGGCUUCCAUUUCAACUUUUGUUAGAAAGCAUUUGUUGAUUUGGAGGCCUGAAUAAAUAGACUAGAAAGAGGAGGGGAAGAAGAAAGACUUAGGCUUUAAAGGAGGGAGAUAAGAUAGAGAUUCGGAUCAUACAUUCUGUGUUCUUCUUUGUAUCAUCUCGAUCUUUCUCCCUUGAUCAGUCUUUCAGAUUAUUUUUCAUUUUGUUGUGCAUGUCCUCUUUUUUCUUGUAAAUAAUGGCCUCCAACAUUUCCAUGGAAGAUAUUAAAAAUGAAAAAGUUGAUCUCGAGAAAAUCCCCCUUGAGGAAGUAUUUAAGGUAUUGAAGUGCACAAGGGAGGGACUUUCAAGUGAUGAAGGAUUAGCAAGACUUCAAACCUUUGGCCCUAAUAAACUUGAAGAGAAAAAGGAAAGCAAGGUCCUAAAGUUCUUGGGUUUUAUGUGGAAUCCUCUGUCAUGGGUCAUGGAGGCUGCUGCUAUCAUGGCAAUAGCUUUGGCCAAUGGAGGGGGCAAAGCACCGGAUUGGCAAGACUUCCUUGGUAUCGUUGUGUUGCUAAUUAUAAACUCAACUAUUAGUUUUAUAGAAGAAAACAAUGCAGGGAAUGCUGCUGCUGCUCUGAUGGCAGGUUUAGCUCCUAAAACAAAGAUUUUGAGAGAUGGGAAAUGGAGUGAGCAGGAGGCAUCAAUUUUGGUACCGGGAGAUAUAGUUAGUGUUAAGUUAGGUGAUAUCAUCCCAGCUGAUGCUCGUCUUUUGGAGGGGGAUCCUUUAAAGAUUGAUCAAUCAGCUCUAACUGGUGAGUCUCUUCCUGUAACCAAGAAUCCCGGUGACUCAGUUUUCUCUGGUUCCACGUGCAAGCAAGGUGAGAUUGAGGCCGUAAUUAUUGCCACUGGUAUCCACACCUUCUUUGGGAAAGCUGCUCAUCUUGUUGAUAGUACCAAUAGUGUUGGUCACUUCCAACAGGUGCUGACUGCCAUUGGUAAUUUCUGUAUCUGUUCCAUUGCUGUGGGGCUUGUCAUUGAAGUGAUAGUAAUGUAUCCGAUCCAACACAGAACUUACAGGCAAGGGAUUGACAAUUUGUUAGUGCUUUUGAUCGGAGGAAUCCCAAUUGCAAUGCCAACAGUUUUGUCAGUGACAAUGGCCAUUGGUUCUCACCGGCUUUCAGAGCAGGGUGCUAUUACCAAGAGAAUGACUGCCAUUGAGGAGAUGGCUGGAAUGGAUAUACUGUGUAGUGACAAGACUGGAACCCUCACCCUUAAUAAGCUCACUGUUGACAAGCACUUGAUUGAGGUUUUUGCGAGGGACAUGGAUAAAGAUGAUCUUGUCCUGUAUGCAGCUAGGGCCUCCAGAGUUGAAAAUCAGGAUGCAAUUGAUGCUUCCAUAGUUAAUAUGUUGAGUGACCCCAAGGAGGCCAGAGCUGGUAUAAAAGAGGUGCAUUUCUUGCCAUUUAACCCGGUUGAUAAGCGGACUGCAAUCACCUACAUUGAUAGCUCCGGCAAUUGGCAUAGGAGUAGCAAAGGCGCUCCUGAACAAAUAAUUGAGAUUUGUGAGCUCAAGGGAGAAACAUUAAAGAAGGCUCAUGAUAUCAUUGACAACUUUGCAAACCGGGGUCUUCGCUCUUUGGGUGUUGCACGACAGACCGUACCAGAAAAGGACAAGGAAAGUAAAGGAUCACCAUGGGAGUUUGUGGGAUUAUUGCCUCUAUUUGACCCUCCAAGACAUGACAGUGCUGAGACAAUCCGUAGAGCUCUUGAACUUGGUGUCAGUGUCAAGAUGAUUACUGGUGAUCAGCUGGCGAUUGGCAAAGAGACUGGCCGCAGACUUGGUAUGGGCACUAAUAUGUACCCCUCCUCUUCUCUUCUUGGCCAAAGCACCGAUGAGUCUAUUUCUUCCAUACCCGUGGAGGAUCUCAUUGAGAAGGCUGAUGGAUUCGCAGGAGUAUUCCCUGAGCACAAAUAUGAAAUUGUGAAGAAGUUGCAAGAAAGAAAUCACAUAUGUGGUAUGACUGGAGAUGGUGUGAAUGAUGCACCAGCACUCAAAAGAGCAGACAUUGGUAUUGCUGUAGCAGAUGCAACUGAUGCAGCCAGGAGUGCUUCUGACAUUGUUCUGACUGAGCCUGGCCUAAGCGUGAUUGUUAGUGCUGUUUUGACUAGCAGAGCCAUUUUCCAAAGGAUGAAGAACUAUACCAUUUAUGCUGUUUCUAUCACAAUCCGUAUAGUGCUCGGGUUCAUGCUCCUUGCUCUCAUCUGGAAGUUUGACUUCUCCCCGUUCAUGGUACUUAUCAUUGCCGUAUUGAAUGAUGGCACAAUUAUGACCAUCUCAAAGGACAGGGUGAAGCCAUCUCCCGUGCCUGACUCGUGGAAGCUUCAGGAGAUCUUUGCCACCGGUGUUGCCCUUGGCACAUACCUUGCUCUUAUAUCUGUUUUGUUCUACUACGUGGCUGCUGAAACUGACAUCUUCGCGGAUAUUUUCGGAGUUAGGUCAAUUCAGAAUAACCACGAAGAGAUCACUGCAGCUGUAUACCUUCAAGUCAGCAUUGUGAGCCAAGCACUAAUCUUCGUGACAAGGUCUCGUGGCUGGUCAUUCGCAGAACGCCCAGGACUAAUGCUUGUUACCGCCUUCUUUAUAGCCCAGUUCAUAGCUACCCUCAUUGCAGUGUACGCAGACUGGAGUUUUGCUGAAAUCCAUGGGAUCGGGUGGGGAUGGGCCGGAGCUAUCUGGCUCUUCAGCGUCAUCUUUUACAUCCCUCUUGAUAUAGUGAAAUUCAUCGCACGCUACAUUAUUGAGGGCCAUGCCUGGGACACUUUAGAUAACAAGAAUGGUCACAAUUCUAAGAAGCUUUCGAAGGAGGAAAGAGAGGCGCAAUGGGCUCAGGCUCAACGCACCCUCCACGGCCUACAAUCUUCAGGCAAUGACAGCACAUCAGUCUAACACUGCUGUGCAAAAGGCCUUUUUUCGUAUCUUCAGUAUUACAGGUUAAAGGGAAGUCCUUAUUCUCAAAGGGGGCAUGUGGAAAAUAGUGUAAAUGGAUAGAAAAGAAAUGAGGCGGCCCAAAACAAGAUUUUUCAUGGAAGACAACAGUAAAUAAGGGACAUUGUGCACAAUUUAGCUGCUGCUGCUGCUUCUACUUCUAAAUCAAAAUUUAUUAUGAUAUAACAGGGUAGAUGGUAGUAGAGUAUGUUGGAUGAGAUCUGUAAUUGGCUGUUUAAACAUUAUAUUUUUGUUGCUAGCUGAGACGGAAUGUAAUUAUUUUAUAACAAACACCUUAAACAACUGUUGAAUUGCUGCUACACAUCUAUAUGAUGGCAGUAGGCAGAUUUUUUUUCAAGGGCCUCCAAAGUUCAACUAUGAUUUCGCAA